AUGGGACGCAGGCUUAAACAAACACGAGAAGCCACAUCUUUAGUUUUAAAUAAUGAAAACAAUGUGGUAGCAGGGCAGUCGGCCACAUACAACUGUUCAAGUGAUGGAAAUGAUGUCAAUCCCACAAUUCAGUGGUCAAUAAGAACUAUAUACGGAACUCUUGUUAAAAGUAAUUCGCAAUUAUCAUCGAUGGUAGUGAGCGGGGGUUCGGUCAAUGAUGGUGCUAUAAAAAGUAGUGUUACGUUCACCGUACAAAAAUCGUACCUCUUAAAUCACAGAUUAUGGUGCAGUGCCGUGGAUGCAGGUCAAAGUUCAGCUACUAUGAAGAUAUUCACGGCCAUAUCUGCUUCAACAACAGACAGCUAUGUAGCUUUUUUAAUACUACCUGUGUAUGUUUUAUUGCAUAAAUAUCGAGUAUUCAUAACAUAUUUUUCAUUUACAGAGCAAUUUUAUCAGCAUCUUACAGGCUUUCAAGUUUUCUUAGCUAACAAAACUGGACAAAAUUUUUUUCAUUUAUUGGAGAAGGAUACAAGAAAGUUAGUAGGAGACAAACAUGUAAUUACAUUUGCAAGUACAUUAACACGUUAUAUUAGGAUUCAGAGAAGUGGCGUUCUGACGUUAUGUGAAGUAACUGUGACUGAGGGAGAAUGUCAAAUUGGAACUUUUGGUGAGGAAUGUUUACGAUCUUGUCAUUGUGCAGAUGAACGUGCAUGUCAUAAAUAUAUUGGAUAUUGUCAAUCAGAGGUGUGUAAGUCUGGUUGGACAGGUCGAGCGUGCAACCGGGUUGAAGAUAUUAACAAUGGAACCCAGCCAAGCAAUGAAAACGAAAAUACUGCAUACCUUUUAGCAGGAGCAGUUGGUGGAUCAGUAGCUGUGCUGAUCAUUAUUGUUUUAACUAUCACAGUGGUAGUAUUGGUAUUAAGAAAAAGGAAAAGCGAGAGUAAUAAAACACAAUACUCAACUCCAGAUUCUCGAAUUAACAAUACUGACUCUGAAUACGACACUUUAGAUAACAUUAAUGGCAACAACAGCCAAGCAGAUACCACAGGCUAUGAAAAUGCUAUCACAACAAAUUUGUGAUAUACUUUCUUAC